AUGCUUGCAGGUUUCCUCUUUCUGCUCCUCCUCACAGAUCGAAGUACCUUCAGUUACUCAGAGCACACAGAGCUUCCUGAUGAUCAACAGAAGUCAAAUCAGAGCUUUGAGGAAGAUGGAAGUACCUCCAAUUACUCAGAGAAACCAGAGCUUCUUGAUAAUCUACUGAAGUCAAGUGAAAACUCUGAGGAAGGUGGACAUUAUUUUGAUUAUCGACAUUUCUACUACUUCGAUGACAGUGCCGAAGUUGAUGUUUCUGCUGUAGAUGAGGUGUCCACUGAGCUUCAGUGUGGUUAUGAGGAUGUUUUAAAAUUCCUAAACCUGAACAAAAACAAUGAACUGUACACCUCAGCCCGACCUGUUAAACACUUCAAAACGAAUACAUCAGUAUGCCUCACAAUGGAGGUCUAUGACGUCCUAGAUGUGAGAGAGAUCGACCAGACUUUGGUUCUUCACGUUUGGAUUUAUAUGAGCUGGCCAAACGAACACAUUGGUUGGCAUCCCCCUAUGUUUUGUGGACUUCAACAUAUAGUAGUUCCUUCUGCACUAUUGUGGAAGCCAGAUCUCAUCAUUGAAGAGGUGACAGAGAAGAACAAGGCUCCUCCGAGUCCUUAUAUUGCUGUUAGAUUUCAUGGUCUUGUUGAACUUGCAAACAAUCAGGUGCUGGUCAGUACCUGCAGGAUUCAAGUUUACAAAUUCCCUUUUGAUAUUCAAAGUUGCACACUCUCCUUCAAGUCUGCUUUACACAAUGAUAAAGAAAUAAAGUUUGAAGCCAUGUUAGAUGCUUCAAAGAUCAAGGUGAUGGAGAACCAGUAUGAGUGGCUGUUCGUCAACAUGACAGUCAAAAAGAUGACAGUCAAACAGAAAACCAGCAACGUCUUCAAAUACAACCAAAGCAUGGUUGUUUAUACUAUCACCAUGAGGAGGCGGUCUGCCCUCUACAUGGCCAACUUCAUACUACCCAUCCUGUUCUUCUUCUGUCUGGACUUGGCCUCCUUCCUGAUCUCGGACACCGGGGGCGAGAAGCUCAGCUUCAAGGUCACUGUGCUGCUUGCUGUCACUGUGAUGCAGCUUAUUCUCAAUGACAUUCUGCCCUCUUCAGACAGGAUUCCACUUAUAGCGGUCUUCUGCAUUGGGAUUUUUGGUCUGAUGCUGCUGAGCCUCCUGGAGACGAUUUUGGUGAUGUAUCUGAUUGAGAAAGACUUUGCAUCUCAAGAUAACAAUGGAGAUAAAGAACAAAGCCUGAGUGAGGACUGUGGAGACAAACAAGGAAAAGACAACAUACACAGCUAUGAUGGAGAGAUGAAGAAAUGGACCCACUGUGCUUGCACCUUUGAUGUGUUUUCUGAUGAGCCUUCAUCUGACCUGCUGUCGGUGGCCAAAGAGGUUAGAAUUUGGUUUCUCUUUAAAGGGUCGGUCCAAAAAAACAAAAACAGGACAGCAUAG